CAGCCGUGUUUUGUUCUUUUGUUUACCACUCGAAAACUAGAAACUACCAAAUUAUUGCCGCAAAGAUUAGAUUUCCUUAAAAGUUGCCUAAUUACAGCACGAUGGCGGAUAGUGAUGUAGAAUACGAUGCUUCCAAUGUGGAAAUUGAGGAAUUGGAGGUGGAUGAAGUUGAUGAAUCGGAUCUAUCGGAGUUUGUCGAAGUGCAACAGCAUCCGGCGAUGAUGCAAACCGGUUCGUAUAAUGCUCCCUCCACUUCAUCUGCCGGUGGGAACUCUUCCGCCCAAUCGGAAUCGGAAACCGACGACGAAAAUACACACCAGCGCGAGGUUUUGAUCAAGAAGCUUGUUGCACGGGAAAUAACCUUCUCCGAGUAUCAGGCGCGCAUGCAGCAGGAUGACGACCUGGAUGACGAAGAUGCCGAGGUUGAUCAGAGUCAUAAGAAAAAGACCACUUUUUUUCAGGACUACAGCAAUGCACGGCGUGAUGUUUUGAGAGGUAACUUGCAAGGGUCUCCAAGAACGGAGGGCAAGGUGACAUUGCGUCGCCAGCGACGGUUUCUUCCAGCGGCCCUGCAAGGUUUAAUGGGACAGGCAAACCUUUGCUAUGCAAGGGGUGACGUGCGCACGGCGGAAGAUCUGUGUAUGGAAAUUAUCCGACAAGUUCCGUUGGCUCACGAACCAUUCAUAACGCUCGCACAGAUACACGAGAUGGACGAUCCGGAAAAGUAUCUGCAGUAUUCGCAAAUUGCGGCCCACUUGAACCCUUCCGAUGCGGAGCAGUGGGCACGUGUGGCGGAAAUAUUUAUCGAACGCGGCGAUAUUGACGAAGCGCUGAAAUGCUACACGCGAAGCAUAAGAGCCAAUCCGAAAAAUAUCGACAUGCGUCUAAAGCGAGCACGCCUCAUGGAGACAAGAGACGAAAAACAAGCGUUCAAGUACUACUACAACAUGCUGCCCUAUAUCCCAAAGGAACAGGCCGAUUUUCUCAUCAGUAUCGCCAAACGGGUGGCAGAAAAAUUCCACAAGGAAACCAACGUCAGUGCUGCGCUGGAUGCAAUGCAGCAGGCGUACAGAACGGCCAAGGAGAAGUUUAACAUGGAGGACAUAAAUCUGCUGGUUGAAUUGUUAAUAGCCAACGGCCACUACCGUCGAGCGUUAGAUAUUCUAGCAGUACACGCUAACGUAGAACUCCACAACUACGAUAUGGGAGCUGCUGAGGGAACCCAGCUGAGUCCUAAUUUUUCCAUCGAUAUACCGGAUGACAUAGUGCUCGAUCUGCGUACGAAGCUAGCAGUCGUGCUUGUGCAUCUGAAGUGUGAACAGUGUUUCGAUAAAGCCAUAGACGACAUUCUGACACAUAUCGAUCCGGAGAACGCUGGUGAUUGCUAUCUGGAUGUUGCUGAAGCGCUGAUGAACGAAGAACACUAUCACCAGGCUCUUCGGCUGCUGGUGCCAUUGAUUAAGAGUAAAAAGUUCUCGCUUGCUGCAGUCUGGUUGCGGUACGCCGAUUGUUCGCGAUGCAUAGAAAACUACGAUGAGGCUAUUGUCGGAUAUGAGAAGGUGAUUUCCCUUGCGCAUCAUCUAGACGCGCGGUUGGCGCUGGCCGCUUUGCUUAAAAAGCAAGGCAAAUACGAUGAAGCACUGCAAGCACUGGAACAAGACCCAGACAAAGAAUAUCUCGAUCCCGAGGUACUGCAUGAACGAUGUCUGCUGCUGCACGAAGUAGGCCGCUACCAACAGUUUCUAGCGGCCGGUUUUAUGCUACUGGCGCGUCAUUGCUAUCAGAUCCGGAAGCGUCAAGAUAUUGCGGUUCUAUCGCACGUGAAAUAUCAUGAGUGUAAAGAUCGCACUCCUGGCGAGGGUGUGCCAGAUUUCGUAACCGGGAACGAUUUGUCGGUUGAGACUGAGUGGGAACUUGUGCUGCGCUUACUGACCGUGGCUGACGAGCUUCGCGACUAUACCUACUACAUGAAGCUGGUAUUUACCUUGCAGACCUCGAAGCGUUUUUACAACUAUCGACCGGAACUACAGCAGCUUGCAUUGACGGCGUGCAUUUACAAUCGCGAUCCCACCUUCGGGUUAAACAUUAUUCGUGACCAAAUUCGUCCGUUGUUCAACUUGAAAGGCGAUGCAUUCGCAGCAAAGAUCAACCAUCCGCAGCUUUGGAAUUUGUUCAAUUUAGUCAUCUUUAUCAGUGGCGACGUACGGUACCAUCGCUAUUUGGCAAGGGUUUUCUUUCGCUCAGUGGGCAUCGGCGUCUAUCCGAAGGUGCUGAUAGCAAACUAUCAUCUCAACUGCUCUACCUACAAGUAUGCCUUAAAUGAGUACAACAAAAUAUACCUCGUUACUAACGAUCCACUGCACGCGAUGAUGAUCGCCGUUACGUUGACACAGAUCGCGUGUCAAAAGUUCACCAACAAGAAGCAAUCGUUGAUCGCACAGGCAAACGUGUUUAUGGAAAAGUAUCUCACCGGCCGACCGGAAGAAUUACGCCACGAAGCCUUUUACAACUUGGGCCGUAUGUAUCACCAGUUGGGAUUGCUGCAUCUAGCGGUCGAUUACUAUAAACGGGUACUGAGCUUUGACAGUGCAGUUGUAAAGGAAAAUCCGCAGUAUUUAGAUUUAAAGGCCGAGGCAGCGUUCAAUUUGAGCUUCAUCUACAAGCGAAGUGGAAAUUAUGAGCUAGCUCGUAAAUAUCUAUAUGAAUACAUACAAGUGUAAGCGUUACAACUAUUUCUUUUGUAAAUAGAAAAAUAUAUUAACUCCAAUAUUUGUA